GGGACUGGGUUUGCGGCGCCUGGUGGCUUGUCUUUGCUGGCGAUGGAGUUCGACUGCGAGGAACUGAGGCGCCUGCUUGCCAAGUACAAAUUCAGAGAUCUAACUGUAGAAGAACUGAAGAACGUUAAUAUGUUUUACCCACAUUUCAGAUAUUCUUUGGACACCUAUGUUUUUAAAGAUAGUUCCCAGAGAGACCUGCUGAAUUUUACUGGCACGAUUCCGGUGAUGUAUCAGGGGAAUACGUAUAACAUACCAAUUUGCUUGUGGAUUUUGGAUUCUCACCCUUUUGCCCCACCCAUUUGCUUCUUGAAGCCAACUGCAAAUAUGGGAAUAUCAGUUGGGAAACAUGUGGAUGCUCAAGGCAGAAUAUAUUUGCCCUAUCUCCAAAACUGGAGCCAUCCUAAAUCUGUCAUUGUUGGAUUAAUUAAAGAAAUGAUUGCCAAGUUUCAAGAAGAACUUCCCCUGUAUUCCCGAUCGUCAUCUGAUGAGGCGCGGCAGGUAGACUUGCUAGCCUACAUUGCAAAAAUCACUGAAGGUGUCUCAGACAUAAAUUCAAAGGGCUGGGCAAAUCCUGAGACUAAAGCAAUUAGUAAAAUUACUGUGGUUGGAGGUGGAGAGUUGGGCAUUGCCUGCACAUUGGCAAUUUCAGCAAAGGGCAUCGCAGACAAGCUGGUCCUCUUAGACUUCUCGGAAGGCACUAAAGGAGGGAUGAUGGACCUUGACAUCUUCAGCUUGCCUAAUGUGGAGAUAAGCAAAGAUAUGUCUGCCUCUGCUCAUUCCAAGGUGGUGAUCCUCACAGUGAAUUCUCUGGGUAAUUCUCAGUCUUACCUUGAUGUGGUGCAGAGCAACGUGGAUAUGUUCAGAGCCCUUGUCCCAGCUCUGGGACAUUAUAGUCAACACAGUGUCCUGCUUGUCGCAUCUCAGCCAGUGGAAAUCAUGACCUAUGUGACAUGGAAGCUGAGCGCAUUUCCUGAAAAGCGAGUGAUUGGAACUGGAUGUAAUCUGGAGUCACAGAGAUUACAAUACAUUGUGACCAACGUUUUGAAAGCACCGACUUCGGGCAAAGAAGAAGUGUGGGUUAUUGGUGAGCAAGGAGAAGACAAAGUGCCCAUAUGGAGUGGCCAAGAAGAGGCAGCAGGCCAUAACUGCACGGUGCAGCUGUCCAACAGAGCCAUGGAAAUACUAAGAGUAAAAGGUCAAAAAUCCUGGUCUGUCGGACUAUCAGUAGCUGACCUGGUUGACAGUAUUGUGAACAAUAAAAAGAAAGUGCAUUCUGUAUCAGUUUUAGCAAAGGGAUAUCAUGACAUUAACAGUGAAGUGUUUUUAAGCUUGCCUUGCAUCCUUGGAAGCAAUGGAGUAUCUGAGGUCAUCAAAACCAAAGUGCAAGAAGAUACAGUGGCUGCAAAACUCCAAAGCAGUGCUUCCUCAAUCCACAGUUUCCAGCAGCAAUUACAACUGUGACCCUACAAUUCAAGCUACCCAAAAGGAAAGGUCAUCUAUCUUUGUCAACAAAUGUGGGGUUAACAGCCUCUGCAUCUUACUACUUAUUAUUACAAACUGCCUGGUUGUGGUAGGUGUCUCUUUGGUUAGCUUUAGUGUGAAUCCUUAGAGUAAGAUGGGGAGUUUGUUUAGUUAUUUUUUUAAUCCCGCUUUCUUUAGAGUUCUCGAUCUGAACACCAUAUUUGGGCCUACAGCAGUGAUAGUCAUCUGCAGUGUGCAUCAUUUUAAAUUGUAUCUCUGCAACUAGAAACAAGUUCAGCACAUUGGGAAUAUUUUGAAAAUGAUCAUUUUUAAAAGAAAAUUACCUUUUGGCUUUUAUAUAGCUAAAAGCUCAAGGUGGAUUUACAAAAGCCAUGGGAAGUAUAUAUUUAAAAAUCCAGUAGCUUAUAAUAAGGUGUGAACAUUUCUUCUGUAAAAUAUAGUUGAUUUUAUUGGUACACCAUUUUAUUUGUUUUUUCAAGUUAAUUGGCAACCAAAGAUAGAAUUUUACAUGUGCUUUAAAAUAGUGAAAGGGAAAGGGAAUUUCCGGACAUAGAAGGACAAAAGACAAGACUGUCCUUUCUUAAAAUUUCUGUAACCUCUUCUUGGGCUAUCUAUCUUUAACAUCUCAUCAGCUGUGAUACUAGUAGAACUGGAGAGAGAGGUAUGUUUUCAAUGGAAAUAGAUUCUAAGUGAAAGCUGAGCAAUUUACCGUAAAGCCAAAAUAGGAAGUAUUCCUACAAACCACUGGUCUUGUAUGUGGGAGCUUGAAUGGACUGAUGGAUCUGAGCAAAUGCUUUUAUCAGUCCUGAAGAAGUGACUCAGAGUACAUUCACUCUGGUGAUGGACCGCAAUUCCUUCCUCUGUGGAGAUAGCAUAUUAUUACCCUUGUAACAGGCAACUAAUAAUAACAGCUAACAGCAACACUUUUUAUAUAUCAAGCCGCAUCAUGAGCACUUUAUAUUUAACUUAUUGAAUCCUUAGUAAUGCAAUGAGGUGUAGGGACUAGUAUCAUCCUCAUUUUACAGAGGAGUAAAUUGAGUUAAAGUGCCCAAGAUCUCAUGGCUAUUAAGUGACACUUAGACAUUACAAUUUGUUCUUUUUCGAGGCACCAGAGGAGGGAAAAGGCGUACCAGCAAGCAGUUAGUACAAGACAAGAACGCUGCAGUUCUGUGCACGAUGGGAGAAUUGCUCUCAUUCUCAUGUAGGGGCUUUUAUCUUUUUUAACAUAGUUUUUGGAGAGAUUAAUUCCCUGUUUUCUCAGAUUUGGGAACUCACAAGAGGGGUUAUGCACUGAGGUAGGCAUUUAAUUUAUUUAGUUAUUCAGUUAGUAUUGUCUGAGCACCUGCUAUAAACCAGGCACCACUAUGGAUAGAUAUAAUGGUGAACGAACCUGGUCAUGGUACAAGAAAAACCUCAUAGCCCUUACAUUCUAGUAUGGGAGACUUAGUAAUUAAAUAAUCUCACAAAUACAUGGACAAUUGCAAAUAUAAGUAUUGUGAAGAAAUUCAACAUGCUUUGAAGGCAUAUUAAAGGGAAAAGCAAAACUAUUAAGGGAGCCAGGAGCUAGGCAAGGGCGGACACAUUCCAGGUGAGAGAGUCAAAGCAAUGUUGAUUUUGUACAAUAAUGGAUGUUUAUGAUGAUGAUGGAGCCGUGGUGGUGCAGUGGCUUAUAAGUUGGGCUGCUAACCACACGGUCAGUGGUUUAAACCCACCAGUUCCUCC